AUGUAUGGAGAUGUUCAGUCGUCCAUUAUCAGAGUUGUUCUUGUUGGCGACUCUUCAGUAGGAAAGACAUCAAUAUUGAACCGUCUAAUAUUAGAUAAAUUCAAUAAUAGCGAGCAAAGCACAGUAGGUGCGAAUUAUCAUAUUUAUUCCCAAGAAGUAGAUGGCAAAACAAUAGAAAUUCAGCUUUGGGAUACAGCAGGACAAGAAAAAUAUAGAUCACUAGGCCCAAUUUACUUCCGAAAUUCAGCUGGAGCCCUUGUUGUCUUUGAUUUAACAGCAAAAGAAACAUUUGAUAACUUAAACUCUUGGAUAGAUUCAUUUACAGACGUUGCUGGAUCAGAUACUGUUAUCUGUAUCGCAGCAAACAAAUGUGAUCUGACUGAGAACUGUGAGGUACCUUUAACCGUAGUAGAACAAUGGUGUAAGACUAAAGGAUACCAUUUCCAGCCAACUUCGGCUUUAACUGGCGAAGGAAUUCCAGAAUUAUUCCAUGAAUUGGCUGUUUUGAUAGCUAAAUCGAAAUGGAUGAAGAAGAAGAGUCAAAUACACUCCCAGGAACUUGAACCUGCUGAACAACCUUCUGAAGGCUGUGGUUGUUAG